AGAAACAGAUAAGUAAGACGAAAACGAUUACAUUGAAUUGGCCAUUUAAUCUACCCUGGCACUUCUCUGGCGAUUUUUAACUGUACAUUUCAUGACUGAAUAUUAAAAAAGACAGUCAUGACUACCGCCAUUAUUCCUGUACUUGCUGCCAUGUACUUGGGCACCACUUUCGAUCUUGUGAGGUACCGAAAAGGAAAUGCUGAUAUUUAUGACGAAAAGACUCUAGAGGGAAAUUUACAGGUGAUUGAUCGUAGUUUUACGCGGUCCCAGUACAAGUUAGUUGAAACUUCUACUCAAGCCAGAGAGUUCUUGGAUGUGAGUGGUGCUCUUUCAUUGCGUAUAAAGAAGGGGGAUAUUGCUAUGGAUGGUACAGGGGCUUAUUUGAAAGACACGGCUAACAGGCAGAAAUUUGUAGAAUUACUUAUCAGAGUACAGCAUGAAACCCUGACAGAAACAAUUCCUUCUCAUUUGGAGCCAAGAAAGGAAUGGAUGACAAUGGAUCCAAAUCUAGUCGGUACGCAUUAUGUAAGAAGUAUAACUUACGGUGGUGAACUUAUUGCGUCGCUGAGGCUCAAAGCCAAUAACAGAGAGGAAAGAGAAAUUAUCAAAGCUGCUGUCAGUGCUAAUCUUCAACUCACAGGAACUUUUGAUUUGAAUGCUAAUGGUAGCUUUGAUAAGUUAAGAAAGGACUUAGCUGGCAUGUAUAACGAAGAGAUAAAAGUUAUGGCCACCAAAAGCCCCACUAGUCCACCUCAAAAUGUCGAAGAUUUGAUGAAGUUAGUGGAAGAUUAUCCUAAAGAAAUAAGCUCAAUUAAUGAGGGUAAAGGAAAAGCACUUAAGGCAGAGCUAUAUCCUCUAUCAUCUCUUAAAUCGGAUUUUCCAAAUUAUUUGCCAAACAGGGCUUUAAACUCACUUUUAAAUGAUGUCGAAACGAAGUAUGAUGAUAUAAGAACUGUUAUGCAUGACAUUUAUGCAUGGGAUAAAAAGAGAUUAGACUCUACUGAGGAAGAAGAUGAUUUGGUGAAUGAAUUAUAUGGUAGUCUGAGAGCUGCCCAAACAGCAUUUCAUACAGCUAUCACUGAUCUCGAUGUGUCACUAAAUGGUAAAGUUGAUCAGUUCAAGGAAGCUUUUAAGGCUUAUGGUACGGGGAAAGACAAUAGGCCCAACAGGUUUCAAAGAUGGUUUUGGAAGCUUCGUCAUGAGAUU